ACUGAGCUACUUCGUAGGGCCCGCAAGGCGCGUGUCGUCUCAAAUAAAGAAAAAGGUGAAAUCUUGUUUCAGACGGGAAAGGAAAAGCAAUGGUGAUGGAGGAAUAUGUUGUAUGAAGCAGAAAGUGUAAUCAGACAAGAACUGAGAGCCUCUUAUCUCACCAAAUACAUGAAACAACGGAUACAGGCUACACAAAGGAUUCGUCAACUCUUCAUCCAAGGAAUUAGCCUCACAUCUUACAUCAACAAAGAGAUAUUGAAGGUUAAAAAUAAUGCAUACCACCAAUCCAACAACUCACAAAACAACAAUCCUGCUUCUCUUAGAGGGCUGGAACUUGAUAACAUUACGGUUGGUGAUUCAAAGUCUGCAAUCAAAAUGGUGGGCUGCGAUGAUGAGUUCAACACCAUAAUGGACUACCUGAGCCAGCAAUCCUCAAAACGAGAAAUUGUCUCAAUUGUGGGAAUGGGUGGCAUCGGUAAAACCACCUUAGCUAGAAAGAUUUAUGAAGAUGCCUCAAUCAUUUCUUGGUUUGAUUGUCGAGCUUGGGUUACCAUCUCACAGGACUAUAAUCCAACACAAGUGUUCCAAUGCCUGCUUCAUUCUCUUGCCCCCGGGGCCAGUGACAACAAUGGUGCUAGCAACUACGAAUUGGCUGAGCAAGUAUACAGGCUUCUAAAACAUCGAAGGUAUUUGAUCGUAGUAGAUGAUAUUUGGAAUACAGAUGUCUGGGAUGAUUUAAUGAGAUGUUUUCAGGAUGACAAUAUUGGAAGUCGAAUAUUGUUGACCACUCGGCAAAAAAAUGUGGCUGAGUAUGCUAAUCCAGGUAAUAAUUGUUGCCAUACCUUGCGUUUUUUGGAUUCAAAUGAAAGUUGGAAUCUUUUUCAGAGAUCAGUACCUCUACUGUCCCCUGAAUUUGAAAAAAUUGGUAGAGAGAUAGUAGACAAGUGCAAAGGAUUACCUCUUGCAAUUAUUGUGGUUGCUGGACUCCUCUCAAACUCCAACCAAAUUAUUCAUGAAUGGGAGCAUAUUGCAAAAUGUGUCCCUGCUUUGAGUUUAGAUCAUUCUAAUCAGCCGGAAGAUUAUGAGGUUGAUGAACAAGAGAUGGUUGAUUUUUGGGUUUCGGCGGGAUUUCUAAAGGUUUUGAAGUCCGAUGAGAGCUUGGAAGGUGUGGCAAGGAGGAACCUUCAAGAUCUUGUGGAUAGAAAUCUUGUUCUAAUUUGUGGAGAAACAAAUGAGGGAUCGUAUCAGAUGCAUGAUGUCUUGCAUGAAUUGGCUUUGAGAGAAGCCCAAAAAGAAAAUCUUUUAUAUUUCAAGGGGGGUUAUGGUAGAAGUUUGAGGUGGAAGAGAAAUCAAUCAAUAAACUCUUCCCAUAUAUCUCAACCAUGGAGCAUCCAAUCAACUACCAACACUUCUUCACUGAUUGAUAGAAUUUCUUUUGGCAGGACUACUUCAAGACAGGUGGGGGUAUUUGCACAUUUUAAGUUUUUAAGGGCAUUGGAAGUAUUCAAUGUGGAGAUAAAUGUCCAUAAUAUUUUUUUGGAGAUUGUGGGUCUAGUGCAUUUGAGAUGCUUACAUAUUAUUUGUGGAUUAAAUAUUCAGUAUCUACCUUUGUUCAUGUUGCGGAAUCUACAGGACCUAGUAGUUUUAAAUUAUUCACCAUGUGAACCCCUUGAUAUUUGGGGAUUACCUCAAUUAAGGAAUCUCCUUGUUGGUGGAAUCAUUACAUUAGUUCCUCCAAGAUCGGUUCAUCCUAAUUUGGAGAGCAUUAGAAAUUUGGAUUAUAGGAGUUGUACAAAGGAGUUGUUCCUGAGGAUCCCAAAUCUAAGGACAUUGAGAGUUACUACUAAUCAUAAAAUUGAAUGCAAAGCUCCCAAUUGGUUUGAAAGUCUUGUCUAUUUAUAUAAAGUGGAAACACUAGUGAUUAAUGAUGUCGUACUUCCUGAGUUUAGAACUAUUUAUUCUAUGGAGAUGCUAAGCCUAGAGAAUUUUUGGCCAAAUCUUAAGGAGUUAAUAUUCUCUCGUACAAAUUUUAAAUGGAAGGAUAUGGAUGUUGUUGGUAAGUUGUCUAAGCUUGAGGACCUCAGAUUGGAUAGAUGUGCUGUUAAGAAUCCAAAAUGGAAACCCAAAGAUGGAGGAUUUCGUCGAUUAAAGUUCUUGAGGAUAUAUCGGAGUUCUCUACGAUAUUGGGAAGCCACUAGUAAUCAUUUUCCAGUCCUUGAAAAUCUAGUCCUUGGUUUCAUAGCUCUGAAAGAAAUUCCUAGUGGUUUUGCAGAAAUAACUUCUCUCAAAUCAAUCAAAUUACAGGGUUAUUGUAUAGAGUCACUUAUAUCAUCUGCUAAGCGUAUUCAAAACGAGCAGCAAGAGUAUGGAAAUGACACAUUUGUUGUUGAUAUUUUAAGGUUGAAUCUCAACCCUAAGGGCCCCCAACACCCCGGCCCGACAAAGCUUACUCUUUCCAAAAGGUUGAACCCCAACUGAACAUGUACCAUAGAGGCCCCCUUGCUUUGAGAAGUUGCUCUCACACUGUCGCUGCUGAGACUCAAUCUCUGUCAUUCUUUUCAACUUUCACCUCUAUGACCAAUUGAGCUGCCCAUGCAGGCACUAACUUCUAAACCAUAUUCAAAUGGUAUGUUGCCCAGAGGUUUUACCAAUGUAUCAAACUGCCCGCGGGUUAUUUAAGGUGUUUUUAUCUUCUAUGGCAAGGGAAGUGAAGAAAAUGGAGAUUUUUGGAUGAUUUGCAGCACUAAUUAAGGAGCCCUUUUUGAGAUGAUGGAGAGCAUCAUUGGAUAAUCAAGAAGAAGGAGCAGAAGGGUCGCGUUCAAGUGAGCCAAGACAAGUGAUGUCUCUAUCUGAUGAUGUCACAUGGGCGUCGACAUACCCGUGUAGGGGCCGUUCUUAUUGGAAUUGGAAGCAGAGAGCUUAAUCGAUAGAAGAAGAUGAAUUGUAUUUCAUUGAUCUCAUCAGAUCUAGAUUUGGAGGGGGAGAUCAGAGAACUUUUUCGUAAUUUUCAAUGAAGAUCAUAUGAGAUAGAUGCAACCAAAACACCACACAUCUACACACCACUGUAAUCUGAAGACUUCAAUACAAACUCAGCCGUGAGAUAACUCAAAGAGAGGUGAUGGUUGAUCGAGAGCAUCAUUGGAUUAUCAAUAAGAAGGAUCGCAUUCUCGAGAUACUGGUAUAGGAAUAACAAGAGAAUUGAAGAUCUCAUAGACUGUCUUGGAACCAUUGCACAGAGUGGUACCAAAAAGUUUUUGAAUGCUCUAAAGG